UUGGCGGAAUUCGAAAAGGCUGGGUAGCCCGCAGGCCACCAUUUCAGCCAGUAUAAACUUAUCCGCGAACCUGUAGAAAGACAACUUACGCUGCAUUUCAGGCAGACCAUCGAAGUGAUUACGUGGCGGAUCAGCGCUGAAACAUAGCUAAGAUAUCUUCCGAAUUGUGCUUCGAAGGUUGCAGAAGACAUGUCGAAGGAAGACCACAAGAUGAGGCAGUUUAUCAUAUACCGCCAUGUAGAAAAGAUCUACACUGAGUUGAAAGAGCUUGGUUACCAUGACAACGACCCCCUGGAGGUGACUGACCUGACCAAGUUGGACCAGUGGCACUACUGCGGCACGGAUGCCGUGGACGCCGUCAUCAAGCUACUGGACAUCAGGGAAGGUGCGCGGGUACUGGACGUGGGGGCCGGCAUUGGGGGUCCGUCUCGGUACCUGGCGCACAAAACCAAGUGUCACGUGACGGCCGCCGAACUCCUUCCCGACAACCACCGCGUGGGACAAGACCUGACGUCACGCUGUGGCAUGACGGGAAGCGUGAAGCACGUGUGUGGUGACAUCCUCACUACUGAGCUGGGUAAGCAGGAGUUUGAUCACGUGAUCAGCUUCCAGGUGAUCCUCUACGUGCCGGAAAAGCCUCGGCUGUUCCGUCAGCUGUACGCCUCCCUCAAACCCGGAGGGACCCUAUGUUUCGAGGAGUUCUACCGCCUGAGGGAUGUUGAGAGUGACGAGGAGAAGGCGGCGCUGAAGUACUUCCUCCUGUCCGACAUCGCUCUGCCGACCCAGCAGGACUACAGGAAGCUGUUGGAAGAGGCCGGAUUCCAAGUCACGGUCCACGACAUUUCGGACUCGUACAGCGAGUACACAUACAAGCGGUGGUCGAAGUUUGAGGAGCCGGAGGAGCGCAGCAAGCACGUCCGUCUGUACGGGGAGGACCUGGUGGACGGCUGGCGUCAGCUCUACGUCACCGCCAAGAAGCUGUGCAACGACUUCGGGCUGAUGGGAGCGGGGCGCUUCGUCGCUCGUAAGGUGUAACGCCACCCCUAUGUCAGGCAGUUGGUUUAGCCCACUACGUUUAGUUGUGACCGCGUUAUCACGUGACUCCUGUCCGCCAUCUUUGUUUCCCUUGGUUCUGGCUGCCAAGAAACAGUUAUUCAAGCAACUAGAUAUGAUUUUGAAAAUUUGAUUCUGGUAUGGACACAGUACAGACAUCUUUGCACAUUUUCGGCAUGUUAACCACUGCAACAAAGGAAACAUUUUUUUUUUCAAAAUCAAGGCAAAAAUUAAUGCGUGCGCUGAUGUCAUCCAUAAAAAUUACUUGCUGUCGCCUUAUGCACAAAUCAAAAGGAUAAAGAUAUUCCCGACUCUCCUAAGGCAUUAGCUGUCAAGCUUCCAAGGACCUGAAUAGUGUAGACUAAUGGUUUCUCUCACCUUUUAUGAUUUCUUUUGGACUGGGGAAACAACUGGCUAGUUGGGUAACUCUGGCUGUACAUCUUUUACAGCAAAACCAACAAGUAAAUAAACAAAUACCGUGGCGU